AUGCGACAGCAGUUUGGUGAUAUCACCCCAUCUAAAAACUUGAUGUCAAAAUGGUGGACUCGCUUCACCAAUGGGAACUAUGGCACUGAAGAUAUGCCGAGGUCGCCCACCACCGUUGAUCGACAAGGCAUUCUGGAUGCCCUGGACGAUGAACCGACAUCGUCCUUGCGCGACUUAAAGGUACAGUUCACGAUAAUUUUGGGUAAUCCAGAUUGA